AUGGCCGCCGCGCGGCACCGCACCCUGGACUUCCUGCUGGGCGGCCCGGCCCGCGGCGAGGCCGUCCUCGCGGCCCUGCGGCCCGUGUUCCAGGAGCGGGGCAUGGCCGAGUCGCUGCACAUCUGGCCGGACCACGGUUGCUUAGCGACCUACGUCAGCGCCCACGGCAGCUUCGCCAACGUGAGGAUUUAUCCGCACGGGCUGGUGUCGCUGGACCUGCAGAGUUAUGAGGGCGAGGGCGAGGGCGAUGCGCAGGCCCAGGAAGGGGACGACAGCCUUCUGGACCAGGUAGAAGCGAGAAUGAAAGACCUGAACCGGGACGGCCCCGGCAAAGUGAAGCGGCUGCCACCCCUGGUCCGGGGAGGGGCCGUGGACCGGUACUGGCCCACGGCGGACGGCCGCCUGGUGGAGUACGACAUCGACGCGGUGGUGUACGAUGAGGACUCGCCUUAUCAGAACAUCAAAAUCCUGCACUCGAAGCAGUAUGGGAAUAUCCUCAUCCUGAGCGGGGACGUCAACCUGGCCGAGAGCGACUGGGUCUACACCCACGCCAUCAUGGGCAGCGGCAAAGAGGAUUACGCCGGCAAGGACGUGCUGAUCCUGGGAGGCGGAGACGGGGGCAUCUUGUGUGAGAUCGUCAAACUGAAACCAAAGAUGGCCACGAUGGUAGAGAUCGACCAGAUGGUGAUCGACGGGUGUAGGAAAUACAUGCGGAAAACGUGCGGCGACGUCUUGGACAGCCUCACGGGAGACUGCUACCAGGUUCUCGUCGAAGACUGCAUCCCGGUGCUGAAGAGGUACGCCGAAGAAGGCCGAGCGUUUGAUUACGUGAUUAAUGACCUGACCGCCGUCCCAAUCUCCACAUCUCCCGAGCAAGAGUCCACGUGGGAGUUCCUCAGGCUGAUUCUGGACCUCUCGAUGAGAGUACUGAAGCAGGAUGGGAAGUAUUUUACGCAGGGAAACUGUGUCAAUUUGACGGAAGCCCUGUCACUCUACGAACAACAGCUUGGAUGCCUCUACUGCCCUGUGGAGUUCUCCAAGGAAGUGGUCUGUGUCCCGUCAUACUUGGAGCUGUGGGUGUUUUACACUGUUUGGAAGAAAGCUCAACCUUGA